CCAAAGAUGGCGGAGGAGGAGGAGGCGGCGGCGGCGACGAGCCACCCGCGGCUCCCGGAGCUGCUGGAGCAGGGCUGGCAGCUGCUGGACGAGGUGGAGGCGACCAGCGAGCCCACCGGGUCCCGGCUGGUGCAGGACAAGGUGAAGCUGGGGCUGAGCCUGCUGGACCAGGCCGCCCGCAUGGUCGACCAGCUCGAUCUCUUCAGCCGGCACGAGGACCUGGAGGAGGUGGCGUCGGCGGACCUGAAGUACCUGCUGGUGCCGGCCCUGCGGGGCGCGCUCACCCUGAAGCAGGCGGCGCCCGGCCAGCGGCUGGACCAGGUGCAGCGGGCCCGCGGCCACUUCGCCGACUUCCUGCAGCGCUGCCGGGACUACGGACUGAGCGCCGCCGAGCCCGCCGGCCGCCCCGCCGGCCCGCCCGGGGCCCGGCCCGACCUCGUGGCCGCGGCCACCCACAGGCAGGCCAAAAUCCAGAGGUACAAGCAGAAGAAGGAAGCGGAGAGCCAGCUGGCGGCCCUCAAGGAGGCGGUGGCCGCGGGCCGGGCGGACGAGGAGCAGGUGCGCGCCUACUAUCUGCUGCACGUCCAGAAGUGGGUCGGCGCCAGCCUGGACGAGAUGGAGAGCAUCGACCAGGAGGCCGAGAUCCUGAGGGGCCGGGACCAGGCCGGGCAGCAGGCCUCCACGUCGCACCCGCCCCGGCCGGGCCGCCCCCCGAUGAGACCGUUCGUCCUCACCCGGGACGCCGCCCAAGCCAAGGUCUUCGGCCUCGGCUACCCGAGUCUGGCCACCAUGACGGUCAACGAGUGGUACGACCAGCACGAGAAGUGGGGAGCCCUGCCCGACCAGGGGGUCCCCCGGGCCCCGGCAGGGGCGGCGAAAGAAGACGAUCGGGACCGGGAGAAGGAGGAGGAGGAGGAGGAAGAGUCGGAAUCGUCCCUGCGGAAAGCCCGGGGGUGGGAUGAGUGGAAGGACACAAAUCCCCGUGGCUAUGGCAACCGCCAAAACAUGGGCUGACCCCCCGCCCGCUCCCGUAAUUCCCUCCCGCCGCCAACCCCGGGCCGGGAACGGCGGACGCCAUCCCGGCCGGCGGCGGCGGGAAGGGCCUGCCCGUCGGAUUUAUUUAUUUUCUAGGUCCGGAAUAAAGUCCCCGCCGUGGUAGCCCUC